AUGUCUUCCGAAUCAUCGCCUUCUCUGGAAGAGACCAUCAGAGCGCGAUACCCAGACCCCUCCCACCCCUUAAUUGUAAGGCUCAAUUAUGAUAAUCCGUCUCGACAACAGAUCAUCAUGAUUCGUGAUCCGAUAGUGCAGUCGAUUUUCGUGGAAUCACUUUUACCACAACGGUCAAACAAAGACGGGCCUGCGUCCAUAGAGGCGAUGCCGGCUGUGAAGAUCACGGAGGGAGGUUCAGAGUGUCCACUAUGUUUUGCGGAGUAUGAAGUCGGCGGAGAGGUGAAGGAGAUGCCUUGCAAGCACAGGUAUCAUUCGGGUUGUAUCGAGAAGUGGUUGCGGACCCACAGGUCGUGUCCGGUUUGUAGGUUCAAGAGGCCUGUGGAGGAGGAGGAGGAGGAGGAGGAGGAAGAUGAGAGCGGGAAGGGAGGCGAUGGGGACGACAAAUGCAGGCGGCGGAGGUGGAUAGUUUGUUAG